CCAUCUCCACUCAAACAUCACACACAAAGCAAAUAAUUAAGAAUUGGAAGGAAAAGAAAACAAGACCAUGAUUCCAUCACAAUCAAACACCCAACUCAUGAAUGUUGUCGUCAAACAAUCUUUUCCUGAUGACUCUGAGAGCUUCUAUGCCAAACUCACCGACUUGUUGGACUCCUCUGGACUCACUCUCAUGAUGGAUAUAUCAUGCACCUCUGUUCCAAUUCUACUUGGCAGUUUCAAUGUCCGAGAAACAUCCUUAGACUUAUACCUUUUUUACUUGGAGGUCACUAGAAGAGGAGGAUUUCACCAGGUUGGUCAACAAAAGAAAUGGGGUGAAGUUGUUUGUGCACUAAAAUUGGAAGGCAGUAAUACAAAGUUAUGUGCUCAAGUUGAAAAGCUCUAUGCUCAUCUUUUAUACAAAUUUGAGAAAUUGUACUUCUACAGGUGCCCUGCAACUAGCAGCACCAAAGUUAAAAGAAAGCAUGAAGAUGAUCUGAUGGUGGAGAAGAUGUCCAACGACUACUCUAGCCAAAUGACAGGUGUUAGCUCUCAAGAACCUCAGGUGCUUCUACAAUCACCAUCAAAUAACAAAGAAAUGAAGAAACGGGGACAAAGUGGAUAUCAAAUAUUCCUCAAGCAGGAAUGUGCGCGAUUAAAAGCUUAUUCUCAGGAAAUAGAUGGCACGAAAAUCCUACGUAUGGCUGUUGAUGCAUGGAAGAAGUUGUCUGACAUUGAAAAACAGCCAUAUUUGGAGGAAAGCAAGAAGAUAAGGGGGAAAAAUAAGGCAGCAAUGAUCAUUGAAAAUAAACAGAAGAGCACUCAUGAAGAUCUUAAGAAGGAUGAAAAGUGGCCUAGUAUGUAUAGUGGUGAUUACUAUGUAAGUUCACAGCCUCUUGCAAAUUACUCUUUUGUUAACAAUGCAGCAGGUCUUAAAAUGACUGAAAAACCAUCCAAGGAUCCUUUAUUUCUAGUUGGUUUUGACGCUUAUCAUUCGUCCAAGUGACUAUGCAUCAAGAGGUUUUAUCUUCUUUUGACUCAAACAAAGCUAAGGUGAUGUGCAAUUAUGGUUUUGAUGAAACAGUAGCAACCAAGUUUGAUGAAUAGAUAGCAACAAUGUUCCAAGUCUCUUUAGUGAAGUAUGUAUAUAACUAACUAUAAACUGCUUGUGUUGUAAAUUGUAAUGCAAAAUUUUGUUGGCAUGGUUGCCAAUUUCCUAUUGAGAAAACUACCUUAUUUUGUGGCUUC